AUGCCAGGUCCUGAAAACUUUCUUAGACGCCGAGCAUUAUGGCUUCUUGUGAGUAAAGAUGAAAGUGUGGAGGCUGCUGGGAAAAAAUUGGAGACAUCAAAACUUUCAACAACAUCAGCCAGUGCACUUCCAGAAGAGAACCCCAACACUUCAAAGUUUUUGACCAUCUCAACUCCAGAAUACAUUGUGUACACAGAUGGUGAACUUGAGCAGGUCCGUUCAUACUACUUUGAACAAAAACGUCUUGGCCCCACCACUGCUGAUAUGUCCAAAGAGCUCUUCUGCCGACUAAUAAGGAACACCAUGACAAAUAUGAUUUCAAUUGCAAGAGCUCUACAAGACUCUAGGUACCCUUCCAAACAUGAGGUUGAUACUAUGGCUAAAAGAUUAGUUGAGUAUUAUCCAAUGUUAAAAGGAACAUCUGGCGAUGAAUGGGGACAUAUUGCCAAGAAACUUAUGAAAAGACUAUCAAAUAUCAAAAUCCCUAAAACAGCUGGAACACCAUCCAGAAAACGUCGCAUGACCAGUGAGCAGUUUCUCUCGGAUGAUUUUGAAGGAUACUCAACAGGAUCAAGCCAAGCAUCCACCAUCAUUAUUGAAAGGUCUCCUGCUGCAAGCAGCACCCCUCAGCCUAAUUUGGACACCAGUGAGGAGGAUGCAGUGGGUUCUGCUGAUCAACUGGACACACCAAAGAGCCAAGCAAGACACUAUAAGGCCCUGCAAAACAUAAGACGUUUCAUCACAUCUGAAGUUCUGAAGGAGCAAGACAGAGCAGCUAAAGUUAUUGAGGCUUAUCCGUGUUUCAAGGAGUUGGAUCAUGUACUGGAUGAGAUGCAGAGGAUAAUCCAACCAAAAAACUCAAACUACAUCGCAGAGACUUUAAGCAGAUGGGAAAACUUUUUCUCAAAAGUUAAGUUCUAUGGGGUUAUGAAAAAGGCCAUGAAGCCCCCAAAGACUCUGAAUAUUGAGGACCAUGCUCUGGCAGUCUUUGCUGCGCUUCCGGACCUUUUUCCAUCAGGUGCGCCACCACCCAAAAAGUUGGGAGCCUGCAGUGAAGCCUUUUCCAUGUUCUCAAGGCAGCAGAGGACCCUGAACGUUAUCUUCAACAACGGACACUGUUCUCGCCUGUUCUGCUCAUGGGCAUGGAUAACUGCAUGA